AUGGCGGCGUGCGCAGAUGAGAUGGGAGUUAAAUCUCAUUGUUUUGCCAUACUCGAUGAUAACAUAAAACAAGAAGACGAAUGCCUACAAAAAACAAUAAUUAAACGUAAAGGCAAAUCAAAUAAGUGGGCAACGAAAAAAGAGCGCAAAUCCCGAGUGAAAAAAGAAAAACCCGACUCGCCCCCUAAACUACCGAAAAACCAAAAAGCCAACAUGUGGACGUGCAAGUUUUGCUUCAACACGUUCGCCUCGCGCAAAGAAAUGUUCGAGCACCGCAAAGAGCACUCGGGCGAGCAGAAACCGCGCUCGGACGAGCAGCAAAAGUACACGUACGACCUCGAACAUGAAAUUUACAUUUGCAACAAUUGCUCGGCCGAGUGCCAGGACCAAGACGAAAUCGAAAAACACAUCCAAACCCACGAAAACAAAUUCACAUGCUCUGUGUGUCAAGAAGAUUUAUACGGGCCUUUAAACUAUACGGUGCAUGCGCAAAAGCACCGUGAUGAUAAAAUGUUUCCUUGUCCUUGGUGCUCAUAUAUGUCUCAGAAAAAAGAAGCAAUGCAAGUGCACAUUAAUAGGCUGCACUUGCAAAUCUACGAUUUCCAAUGCACAAAAUGCGGCAAAUGUUUCAACGAUGCUUUAAGCUUCAAAGAGCAUGAUAAUGUGCAUUUGAAUCUAAAACCUUUCAGCUGUGUGGUUUGUAGUAAGGCGUUUUAUUAUUCCCGAUAUCUUUUGUCGCAUCAAUUACGCACUCACACUGUGAGAGUUUUAGAUCCAGAAUCCAAAACUCAGUGUAAUAUUUGCCAGAAAAUAUUUGCAAGACUUGAUACGUUGGAGAAACAUUACACUGCUAAGCAUUUAACAGUGCGUACUGGGCCUUAUGAGAAGAAGCAUUUGUGUGACGUUUGCGGACAAGGUUUUUCAAGGCCUGAUAAGUUAAAAAUCCACUACAGAAAACAUACAGGCGAAAAACCCUAUAGUUGCGUCUAUUGCAGCAAAAGCUUUAUUAAACGUGAUUAUUUGAUUAUGCACGAACGCAUUCACUCGGGCGAAAAGCCUUAUUCUUGCGAAAUUUGCGGCAAAUGCUUCAAUCAAGGCGCCCCAUUGAGGAUUCAUUUGAGAAGCCACACUGGAGAACGGCCUUAUCUUUGUCCUUAUUGCGGAGCUGGAUCUGUUUCUAGAGGCGCCUUAAACAGUCACAUUAAAAGCUGUAUUGGGACCCAAACUAUACAAUAG